CACCAGGUGGCUCUGUGAGCUUGGCUGAAAAUAUAUUUCUGAACCAAUGGAAAACUUUUUUCUGGAGAUUGAUGGGUUGGGGCUACCGAGUGUCUCUCUUUUAGGGUGGGGGCACAGGUUUGGUACAGGAUCCCCCAGCUCUUGAUCCUUAGCACAAAGGCCUGUUUCAUUUGCCGAUGCUUUUUUUUAGCGCGUGUUUUAUCUGCGACUCUAAUGACGGCCCUGCAAGGUAGGCCCUCCCGUUUACCCUCGUAAUUAAAUGGGAGCCCUCGUAAUUACAUGUAAGAAAAACCAGAGGCAAAGCAAAUCUUGCCUUUCCAAAGGCUAGAUAUACAGGUGAAACUCGGUAAAUUAGAAUAUCGUCGAAAAGUGCAUUUAUUUCAGUAAUGCAACUUAAAAGGUGAAACCAAUAUAUGAGAUAGAUGCAUGACAUGCAAAGCAAGAUAUCUCAAGCCUUUAUUUGUUGUAAUUAUUUGUCGUUAGGCGGGUCAAUUAUAAAUGGAAUGUAAUUAAUGAAAUGUAAUAGCCAUGUUUAUUUUUGUAUUAUUGUAACUACUGUAUUUCUUUUAUUACUGUGGAAUUUCCAAAAGAAAGCAUUUGUAAAAAUUAAAAGAAAAAGAACAAACAGUAAGAUGCAUUACUGAAAUAAAAAAGUUACAUUAUACUCCAUAGGCUAUUCAUCAGGAAAUAAGGAUUUGUUUUAAGUUUUUCAUGUGUGCUAAAACUUGAAAGUCUUGAGGUUGGUUUAAAAGAAAAAGAAAAAGUUUAACCACAUCAGUUGACAAACAUGGAUACAUAUAUGCUUUAAUGUUACUGUUUUAGUUAAAUAAAUUGUUAUUAAGGAAAUGAUUGUUUUUCUCCUUCCAAUGAAGUAGAGCAGAAAAAUUGAAGCGAGAACCUUCAUCUGGUUGUAAAUAUUAAGAUUAUACCAACAAGAAUGAGUCUUUCUGUAAAAAAAAAAUUGGAGAGGCUGCCUUCCUUUCUUUUCCUUGUUUUAUUUGGUUUUACAAAUUCAUUCACAUAAAGUUCUUACAAUUGUUAAAAUUAAAACCAAGAUUCUUCCGGCUCUUACGACUUCCACCCUCCCUUCUGUGGGUUCUUUUUAAAAAAACCUUUUUUGUCAACUGCAUAUUAUAAGUUCAUUCAAGGAACAGUCCUCUGUUAUAUCCAAAGUCUGCAUAUCUAUAUCAUUACACAGUCGUACGUCGGCUCCUGAACACCUUGGGAGUCGAACGUUCUGGCUCCCGAAUGAUCGAAAACCAGAACUGACCCGGUUUUCAACUGGACAUUUUCAACCGAUGAACAACUGACGGGGCUUCCGGUUGGCUGCGUUUUGGCAGCCGAAUGUUUUGGAAGGUGAACCGACUGUUUUACUUCCAAGGUAAAGGAGUUGGUUCUGGACAACUGCCGCUCCGACGACGGCAAGAUCGGAGGGCUCUCCUCGGACUUUGAAAACCUCGAAUUCCUCAGCAUGAUCAAUGUGAAUCUCCUGUCCGUCUCCAACCUCCCAAAACUCAACAAACUGCGCAAGCUGGAGCUGAGCGACAAUAGGAUUUCCGGCGGCUUGGAAGUCCUGGCUGAGAAAACUCCAAACUUGACGCACUUGAAUCUUAGUGGAAACAAAAUCAAGGAUAUAAACACUUUGGAGCCGCUGAAAAAGCUGUCUCACCUACGAAGUUUGGACCUCUUCAACUGCGAAGUGACGACGCUCAUCAGUUACCGCGAUAGCAUCUUUACCCUCCUUCCGCAACUCACUUACCUCGACGGCUUUGACACGAAUGAUAAAGAGGCACCCGACUCCGACCCAGAAGUGGAUGGGCUGGAAGACGAGUACGACGAGAACGGGGAAGAAGGCGAAGAAGAAGAUGAAGAAGACGAAGAAGAACUGGACGAGGAUGCAGUCGACGACGAGGAGGAUGAAGAAGAUUUGGAUGGGGAAGAGGAGGAGGAUGGGGUUGACGAUGAAGAGGAAGAGGAAGGCGAGGAUGAAGAUGACGACGAAGAUCUCCCUCAGGGCGAAAAGCGGAAACGAGAGAUUGAGGACGAGGGGGAAGAUGACCCCGAUGAAGACGACGAUGAUGAUGAGGAAGACGACUGAGCAGCUCCCCUUCCUCGUAGCCAGACGAUCCGUUUUUUUUACGGACUGUGACUUUCCUGGCCCCUGCUGUUCCUCAAGUGAGACUGUGAUGACAAAUUUAUUCUCCCCCCUUCCUCUCCCGUCCCUGUGCCCCCCCACCCACUCCCCAGCCCCCCACAGUUGCUUCCGGGCCCGCCCACCCCUUUGUAUCGCUGCGACAUCCACAGUAUAUUUUUUUAAAAUGUAGAAUACAGUUUAGGUGUUUCAGGAGACUUUGUUGGGUGGCUUUCUCCCCAUCCCGCAACCCCAGAAAAUGUGCACAGUUUUUCUCCCUCCGCCCCCCCCCCCCCUCAAAUACCCCAGCCCCUUCAACUCCCUCCUGUUUUGGGGUAUUUUGUGACCAAAGGCUUCGCAAAUCGGAUGGUGCGUCAGACAAGCUUGUUUUUUGCCCCUCUUCCACACCACUUGCCCCCCCUUCCCCCCGAAAACCACAAGUUCUCCGCUCUGCCACUAGGGGGCAGGGCUGGGUGAGGGGGACACACACACACACACCCCGGCAGGAGCCGUUUUGGACCGGAAGCCAGGCAUCCCAGGGCACAGGAAUCAGGGUGCAUUGAUGGCGACGAAUUCUUCAGCUGUCGUGGCAGAUUCUCAGGCCACUCGAGAUGCUAUUCAAUUUUUCCAACUGGAUUUUAAAAAGGCUCUUUUUUUAAACCCAUAAAUUGCAGCUAGCUGAUCUGCGGUCUUCGGGCCAACGCUUUUUCUGCUGAGGGGGCUUUUUUUGGAUAUGGUGUGCCCCUAUUAACCCCCCCCCCCCACUGUUCUGAUAUUCUUUCUCCAGUUGUGUUGACCCGUGGGGAGAAUUCCUGGUUAGCUCCUCAGAUUUCCAAUUUAAUUUGAGGGGGUUCCUACGCCCCGAUGGAGGGCUACCGUAUUAUUUCAGAGCUCACCUUUUUUUUUCCCAGUGGGGGCUUGAAUCCCAGCCCCUGCUCCUUUAACUUGCUUUAUCCUUAACAAAGCGAAUGGUUUAGAAGAAAAACAGGAGUCGUCUUCUUCCCGACUCCUGUGUUUAUUUAUUUCCCCCCCCCCCUUCCCUCCCCGGUUUUGGAAAUUCCACAUGAGACUUCUAACUUUGCAAGGGCUGCACAAAAACAUAACAAUGGAACGGAGAGGACAAGGAUGAAUAAAGAGCGAACCGAAAUUAGCUGCCAAAUCAUAUAUAUAUAUAUACAUAUAUAGUGUUUCGUUUGGGGGCAAUGGGGUUGGUGUGUACACAAUAACAAAAGCCUUCCCUUAAAUUUGAAAUAGUUUCUGCCUGUGUCCGCAGACGGCAAUAUUUCAUUGUCCAGCCCAGCUUCAGUCCAUAAACUUUUUUUUUUUUGUCUCUCCUCUUGGAGGGAAUUGCAGCUAGUUGCAACAAGGUGGGGGGGCAGUCUCAGGGUCCCGUCUUCGGGGUUGGAGAGGUGAUGACGGCUGCACAUCUGGGCAAGGCAUUGGGGCCUAGGAAUGAGGUUGGCAAUAAAAAUCCUACAAGGUGGGGGGGAGAUAGGUUCUUCCCUACCAAAUCCCGGAUCUUUGCUGUGGGGGUGGGGAAUAGCUGGGUUGCUAGAGGUUUUGGGGCUCGGCGUCUUGUCCCAGGCCAGGUGACACCAUCUUCUUUUUGCCCCCCCCCCCACAAAAAAACCCACCACCACAAAUAAAUUAAGGGUUGUUUUCCAUAUUCCCUGGGAUAGCCUCCCCCCACUUCACGACAGAACAUGGUUUUUCUGAGUUUUAAGAUAUUAGCCCUAGUUCAAAAGCAGGCCUUUCAAUGUGGUCAAAAGCUAAACCCAUAAAUAAAAAUCCCCCCCUUUUUUUGCGCGUGCGGUUUUUUUUGUUUGUUUGUUUUUGUUUGUUCUUUCAGGGGUUUUCCGGUCCUUUUUUUAUAUAUCUCCCCUUUUGUUAAAAGAAAUUUGAAUAAGACUUUUAAUAAAAGACUUCAGUUUUUAAAAAUCAA